AUGCUUUUGGCCGAUUAUUUAAGUAGUAAAUCGCUCGACACGUUUUCCUCGGUACCGAGAAGUGUCAUCAAGAGCUCAUGUUGGCAGACGGCGCAGACUGGGCUGCAGCUCACCGAGGAGCAAGCGGCUACGGAAAAGAAAGAAAAGGGUACUUCACAACAAUUUAAACAGAAAUCGCAAGGUACUGGCAGCGCAUCUGUUAGUGAUGGAAAUGAUAGCUCGAGUACUUCGUCUAAACGACGAACAAUCAAAAUUGAGUCAGGUGUUAGUUUCAGUAUAGAAUUUAUUGAUAAAGGGAAAACUGGGAGUUCUAAAAGUACUGUAUCGUCGGUAUCCAGCUCUGAACCAGAAAAAGACAAAAAGAAGAAGGCACUGCAUCGAUGUCUUUGUACCACAUCAUUUCCAACAGAUGAUAAAAAAUUAAAAAAUAAGCCAUGUGAUUCCGGCGUAUGUGUACCAGGCAAAUGCACUCCAAGUGAAUGUUUUAAACGACUUCAAGAAAAGUAUGGAAGUAAAAAGAAACCAAGUAAGACCGAUGUUUCUUCCAGUGAGGCAUCACAAACACGCAAAAAAAAAGAAAAAGAAGGAACAAUACUUAAAGAAAAAGGUUCAUCAAGCAUUUCAAAAUAUAAGGAAAGUGUCGAGGAAAAACCUCUCCCGCCGCCAGAAAAGUUUGACAUUGUUAAAACCAUAAAAAACUGUUGUAAAAAAUUACAAUUUUGGAAGAAAGAUAAGCAUAUAGAACUUAAACCCGGAGUUAUUGGCACUGACAUAUCCGUCAAAGAUGAUACUAAGAAAUUCGGUUCUAAUGCAUCUAUCCAGUCAGGUAAAUCAAAACUUCCAAAGAAAGACAAAAAAACGGCUGAGAAAGAUGAUAAAGGCCAACCAAUUACAGCGGAUGUAAAAACGUCAACUGGAAAAAAAGGAAUAAAAGAAAAGAAAGAAAAGGAAGAAACGAAAGGUAAGAAAGAACAGAAAGGUAAGAAAGAAACGAAAGAAACGACAGAAACGAAAGAUAAGAAAGAAAAGAAAGAAAAGAAAGGAAAGAAAGAACAGAAAGGAAAGAAAGAAACGACAGAAACGAAAGAUAAGAAAGAUAAGAAAGGAAAGAAAGAAACGAAAGAAAAGGGGAAGAAAGAUACUAAAGACGAAAUAAAAACAGAAACGAAAGCAACUGGGAAAAAGACCCGACCUUUAAAACCAUAUGAAUGUGAACCCGGUGUGUGUACUCCUAAAGUAUGCAGUCCAAAGGAGUGCUAUGAACGAAAAUAUCCACCUCCACCCCCAGCAAAGCUUAGCAACUUUAUGUUAUUCAAAAAUUGUGUACUAAAGGUUUGUUGCAAACGAGCACCUGCAGAAGAAAAAACUACUACUCCUUCGGAUGCGGCAACUCAGUCGCAAAAAUUAACACCUGAAAAAAUACCAGGGACCACUAUAUACCAAGAAAAGGGAACGUCAGGCCGAAAGGCCGGCAAGAAGCAGAAAGGAGAAACUCCGGCUGCAGAAAUGGGAGCGCCAGGCCCAAAGCCCGGCAAGAAGCAGAAAGGAGAAACUCCGGUUGCAGAAAUGGGAGCGCCAAGCCCAAAGCCCGGCAAGAAGCAGAAAGGAGAAACAGGCAAAUCUAAAAAAGAAGCGUAUGACUAG